AAAGCCACCAUUGAGAGAAAAUCUAUUCAUCAAUUUAAUUCGCAUUUGUUCGCCGCGUUAUCUAUCUUGUGAGUUAUAUUUGUUCUACAUAAGUUCUCAAUAAAAUAAUAACCAAAAAGCCGAUCAUCCACGCGCUAAAUAAAAACAAAAUACUCAUUCUUAUUUAAAAAAGUAAAUAAAUAAAUAAUUUCAAUACAAAAUCAUGGAUAAUAUUGAACAUCUGUACAAGUGCUAUGACAUUUUAUCGGAGGCUGGUGAAAAAAUCAAAGAGCAUGAAAACGAAUACAAAGAUAUUUUAAAAGCCGUCAAAGGAUCGUCGAAGGAAAAACGUUUAGCGUCUCAGUUUAUUGGCAAAUUUUUCAAGCAUUUUCCUGAAUUAUCUGAUGCAGCUAUUGACGCACAACUCGAUCUAUGCGAGGAUAAUGAUAUGCAAAUUCGCCGACAAGCUAUUAAAGAUUUACCUAAACUUUGUCUGGAUACGGUUGGAAUAACACAGAAAAUAGGCGAUACCCUCGCUCAGUUGCUGAUUCUCGAUGACCCAUUAGAAUUACAAACUGUCAACGCAUCUCUGCAGACUAUUUUGAAGGUUGAUGCUAAAGGAGCUCUUCAAGGAAUCUUUACACAAAUCGCUUCGGGUGAUGAAACAACACGGGAAAGAUGUUUCAAAUUUAUUGCUGCUAAAUUAUUUACCAUGGGAUCUGAAGUGGUAACAAAAGAAGUCGAGGAAUAUCUCAUUGAUGAGAUAAAGAAAAUUUUACAGGAUGUAAGCGCUGAUGAAUUCCAUUUGUGUAUGAAUAUCUUAGGAGCAACAAAACUUGGUUCUACAAUAACAGGACAUACAGAAUUAGUUAAUUUGGCAACGGAACAAGCCGAACUUGGAGCCGAUAUCGAUGCUAUUACAAUCGAAGAUGAAAUUGUUGAACGUUUUAUUCAAUGUGCAACUCAUGCAAUGCCAUAUUUUUCGUCUCAAAUCAAAUCAACACAAUUUGUAGUUUUUGUUUGUGAUAAACUACUUCCAUUGAGCACAUGGAAUAUGAUUGCAACAGCAGUGCAGCAGGAUCAAGUACAAUUACGUCUCUUGAAAGUAUUUGCUGAGAUGUGUGGAUAUUGCGAUACAUUAGAAAAUGCAUCUACCAGAAUUGAUGCUGUAUAUACCGUUUUAAGGGAAUAUAUGCCAUUGCCAUCAUUAACAGAUGAUGAUUUAACUACCCCACCCUCAUUCCAAUUCUCUCAUGCAGAAUGUCUGCUUUAUGCGCUGCAUAUGUUGGGUAGAAAGAAUCCAGAUGGUUUGGCUUUUGUCAACGAUCCAGAGAAAUUAAAAGAUUUUCGAUCAAGAUUACAAUAUUUGGCACGAGGAACUCAAGGAUACAUCAAGAAAUUGGAAGAAUCAAUUAAAGGAAAGGCAUCAGAAGAGCUUAAAUCCGAGGAACAUCAAUUAAAAUUAACCGCCCUAAAAACAACAUCAAAUAUCAGUUCAUUAAUUCGUGAUCUCUUCCAUUCACCGCCAAGCUUUAAAACAGAAAUUCAACUCUCUUGGGUAACAAGGAAAAAUAAUAAAAUCAGUUCGAAACGACAUGCACCUAUAACCUUUGAUGGCAAAGCAGAAAAUGGAAAUUCAGAUGAGAAGAAACCACGAUCAAGCUCCGAUCAGAAAGUAUACGUCCCACCCUCAGGAAAAUAUUCGAAUAAAGUACAAAAUUAUGGCUCAAACCGAUCAAGAGCACGAAAUGGAUCAGGCGGCGGCGGCGGCGGAGGUGGCUACAGGAACAACAAUCGUCGAUCAUACAAAAAAUACUAGAUAUAAAUAUUGAACAGAAAGAAGUUUGCUCGUGUUCAGCGGAAGAUGGAGAGGAAUCACAGAAUAAAAACAAAAAAUAGAAGAAUAGAUAACCAAAAAAGAACAUGUAAAGUAUUCAAGUCAAACAAAAAGGAGAAAGAGAAGAAGAAAAAAGACAACUUCGGCAUAUUCUUAAAGGAAUCUAUUCAAAGACGGUUGUUCUAAAACUUUAACGAAAAGAAAAACUGAAAAUUAAACUCAUCUUAUCGCGAUCCGUCGUUAUCAAAAUUUUUAAAUCAAUCUCAAUUAAAAAAUGAAGCAAUUAUGGAAGACAAUAUAGAAGACCCAAAGGUAAGAUAAAAAUUCUAUUUACUAACUUGUUGACUCUCUUUUUCAGCUACACCGGGUGCUCUCCUUCAUUCAUUCAUUCAUGGGAUGACAAUUUUGUCCAACUAGCACUGAAUCCUUUUUACCUCUUUAUCCCUUCUCAAACAAAACAAAAGUAAAAAAAAAAAGAAAAACAAAAAAA